GGCUAUUCCUGCUCAAAGAAACUCUGCCUUGGACUCAAACCAGCAAAGCAUCAGUGUUCGAGGAAUUGACGCUGAAGCAAUGAUGUGAUUACGUCCAAGCUUACAGAUCUCACGAUGCUUACAUUUAAUACAAACAGGACAAAUGUAGACAUCUUUGAAACUGAUUUGCUGGAACGUUUGAAAUGACAGAAACACUGGAUGAAUGAAAAGACCGCUAAGUGAAACCUAAGCAUGGCAGGAUUACAGCUCAUGACGCCUGCUUCAUCACCAAUGGGUCCCUUUUUUGGACUGCCGUGGCAACAGGAAGCUAUCCAUGAUAACAUUUUUACACCAAGGAAAUAUCAGGUUGAACUUCUAGAAGCAGCUUUGGAACAUAAUACUAUAGUUUGUUUAAAUACUGGCUCAGGGAAGACUUUCAUUGCAGUGCUACUUACAAAGGAACUAUCUCAUCAGAUCAGGGGACAAUUCAACAAGAAUGGGACGCAGACUGUGCUUUUGGUUAGUUCCGCACCCUCUGUGGCUCAGCUAGCAGCAGCUGUCAAGACCCAUUCAGACCUGAAGGUGGGAGAGUAUUCCAAUAUGGAAAACAUUGAGUCAUGGGCAAGCAAAGAAUGGAACAAAAGCUUCAUUGGACAACAGGUGCUAGUCAUGACUUGCCACAUCUUCUUGCACAUCUUGAAAAGGGGCUACCUUUUCCUCUCCAAAAUCAACCUUCUGGUGUUUGAUGAAUGCCACCUUGCAAUUAAAGAACAUCCCUAUCAGGAGAUUAUGAAGGUAUUCUUCUCAACCUCAUGAAGUUGUGCUUGACUGUGGACCAUAUGAGGAUAAAAGUGGACUAUAUGAAAAACUUUUAAAGGAGUUGGAUGAA